UUUUGGGACUUGGGACUUCCAUUGCUGCUCGAUUUGAAGCUUUAAUGAUAAAACUAAAUUUCAAAUUCCUGGACUUGUCUUUCAAGUCAUUUCAUCAAUGCAUUCACGUGCGAACAAUGCAUUUUCAUUUUGCGAAUUCCAGUCAAUCAAAGAUUGAUUCCAAUCGGGUUUUGAAUGGAUUAUCUAAAUCGGGUCGGAUUAAUGAAGCUCGGAAGCUAUUUGACAAAAUGCCUGAACGGGAUGAGUUCACCUGGAACACGUUGAUAGCUGCGUAUGCAACUUCCGGGAAAUUAACUGAAGCUAUACAGCUUUUCAAAGAAACCCCAAUAAAAAGUUCCGUCACUUGGAAUUUACUAAUUUCAGGUUAUUGUCUACAUGGUAUGGAAACCGAAGCUUUUGAUUUGUUUUCUAGAAUGCAAUUUGAGGGGCAAAGGCCUAAUCAAUACACAAUGGGAACUAUUUUAAGGUUGUGUUCAACAUUGGGUUUGCUUCAAAGAGGAAAACAGGUGCAUGGUAAUGUAAUAAAGACACAAUUCGAGUCGAAUGACUAUGUUGUGACCGGUCUUGUUGAUAUGUAUGCGAAGUGCAAUUGCAUUUUGGAAGCUGAGUUUCUGUUUAUAAUGAUGCCCAACAAGAGAAACCAUGUCAUGUGGACUGCCAUGGUUGCUGGUUAUUCUCAGAAUGGAGAGGCAUUCAAAGCGAUUGAAUGCUAUAGAGAUAUGGUGGUUGAAGGAGUUGCCUCUAAUCAGUUCACUUUCCCGAGUGUGUUAACAGCUUGUGCUAUGGUUCAAGCUCGUAAUUUUGGCGCACAAGUGCAUAGUUUCAUUGUUAGGAGUGGUUUUGAAGCUAAUGUUUUUGUUCAAAGUGCGUUGAUCGAUAUGUAUGCAAAAUGCAGGGAUUUGGAUAGUGCCUUGAUAGUCUUAGAGAAUAUGGAGGUUGAUGAUGUUGUUUCUUGGAACUCUAUGUUAGUGGGGUGCGUGAGGCAAGGCUGUGAAGAGGAAGCUCUCUCAUUGUUCCGGAAGAUGCAUGCUAGAGAUAUGAAGCUGGGUAAUUUCACAUACCCAUCGGUUCUAAACUGUUUUGCUUCAACGAAAGAUAUGAACAAUGCAAUGUCAGUCCACUGUUUGAUCAUUAAAACAGGAUUUGAGGCUUCCAAGCUUGUGAAUAAUGCUUUGGUUGACAUGUAUGCUAAACAAGGAAACAUGGAUUGCGCUUUUCAGGUUUUCAACCACAUGCCAAACAAGGAUGUUGUCUCAUGGACCUCUCUAGUGACGGGAUGUGCACGUAAUAACCAUCAUGAAGAAGCUCUCAAGUUGUUUUGUGGCAUGAGAUUGGCAGGCAUUCAUCCCGACCAUGUCGUUCUUGCCAGUGCUUUGAGUGCUUGUGCAGAAUUAACAGUUCUGGAACUUGGGCAACAAGUUCAUGCAAACUUUGUUAAAUCUGGCCUCCAAUCAUCCACUUCAGUAGAUAAUUCCCUUGUAACAAUGUAUGCCAAGUGUGGAUGUAUAGACGAUGCAAGCAGAGUAUUUGAUUACAUGCAAAUCCGGGAUGCGGUAACUUGGACUGCACUAAUAGUUGGUUAUGCCCGGAAUGGUAAAGGAAAGGACUCAGUAAGGUUCUAUGAUCAAAUGAUAGCUAGUGGCACAAAACCAGACUACAUUACUUUUAUAGGCUUACUAUUUGCUUGCAGCCAUGCCGGUCUUUUGGAAAGGGGUCGCUUGUAUUUUGCAUCAAUGGAGAAGGAAUAUGGAAUUAAACCAGGUCCUGAACACUAUGCUUGUAUGAUUGACCUCUUGGGUCGCUCUGGAAAACUCGUUGAAGCAGAAAUGUUGUUGAAUGAAAUGGAUGUGGAACCGGAUGCAACUGUGUGGAAGGCCAUUCUUGCUGCAUGUAGAGUGCAGGGCAACCUGGAAUUGGGGGAAAGAGCAGCAAAGAACCUCUUUGAAUUAGAGUCCAAAAAUGCUGUGCCAUACAUAAUGUUGUCCAACAUGUAUUCUGCUGCCGGAAAAUGGGAAGACGCCGCAAGGAUUCGAAGAACAAUGAAAUGGAAGGGGAUCAGUAAGGAGCCUGGAUGUAGUUGGAUCGAGGUAAACAGCAGAGUGCACACCUUUAUGUCGGAAGACAGAGGGCAUUCGAGAACUACUGAGAUCUAUUCCAAGAUUGAUGAGAUCUUGAUUUUGAUAAAGGAAGCUGGUUACGAACCCGACAUCAGUUUUGCACUCCAUAACAUGGAUAAAGAAGGGAAGGAGCUUGGUCUGGCCUAUCACAGUGAAAAACUGGCCGUGGCAUUCGGACUUCUGAGCUUGCCACGUGGGGCUCCGAUCCGAAUUUUUAAGAAUCUUCGAGUUUGUGGUGAUUGUCAUACUGCUAUGAAAUACAUAUCUAAAGUUUUCCAUCGUCACAUCAUCUUGAGAGAUUCUAAUUGUUUUCAUCACUUAAAGGAAGGACAAUGCUCAUGCGGAGAUUAUUGGUAGAUAGGUUUUAGUCUAACCACGCUCCUAAUUCUCCAUACACUUCUGUGAUCUUCCGUUACAUUUAAUUUGUAUUCUACACAUUUUUGUAUUUUUCAACCAAUGCUUUUCAAACUUAUAAAAUCCAUAAUUGUUGUAUCGAGGGAAAUUGGGUAUUUAUAAAAUACGGUUAUUGCUCAUCGAAA